CUAGUAUAUUAACCAGUCAGUCAAAGAACCACAGCUCUACCGCUCAGUCGAACUCGCCUUAUUCAUUUCCCCCACUGCUCCUAGCUCUCUUCGUCUUCUUCAUCCUCAUCCGUGAAAAAAAAAACCAGGGGGUGUUCUGAGUUUUAAAUCCUGUCCAUUUAGAUCACAUUAGAGCAAAAUGGUGAAGGCAGUUGUUGUGCUUGGAAACAGUGAUGGCGUCAAAGGGACUGUCUACUUCACCCAGGAAGGCGAUGGUCCUACCACCGUGACAGGAGACAUCUCUGGUCUCAAGCCUGGCCUUCAUGGCUUCCAUGUCCACGCCAUGGGAGACACAACAAACGGCUGCAUGUCAACUGGUACAUAUCAAUUACCCUUUGCAGGCCCACAUUUCAAUCCUCACGGCAAAGAACAUGGAGCUCCAGAGGAUGAAGACCGCCAUGCUGGUGACCUGGGAAAUGUUACAGUUGGAGAUGACGGUACUGCAACUUUCACUAUUGUUGACAAGCAUAUCCCUCUUACUGGUCCACACUCCAUCAUUGGUAGGGCUGUUGUUGUUCAUGCUGAUCCUGAUGAUCUCGGAAAGGGUGGACACGAACUCAGCAAGAGCACUGGCAAUGCUGGUGGAAGGAUUGCUUGCGGUGAGUUUAGAAUGAUUCGAAUUCUGAGAUUGGAAUGA